GUCAUUUCCUCCUCAUCUCUAUCUUCUUCCUGCUCCUAGCCUGGCUCUCCUUGGAACUGGUAGAGAGAAAGACCGAGUUAUACCCUGGAAGAAGCUCCGUGCCUUCAGAGGUCUUGCUGCCUGACUGUUGAUAUGGCUCUCCUCAUCUUGCUGUUCCUGCUCCCAAGUCCUUUACAUUCCCAGACCACUUGUAGUACCUCCAAAGUGACCGGCCGAUUGGAGGUAAACUGUGAGAACAAGAAUCUGACAGUAUUGCCUGCAGACCUGCCAGCAGACACAGGCUCCCUCCACCUGGGCAGGAACCAACUGGGUCGCUUCUCCACAGCAUCCCUGGUGCAUUUCACUCUCCUCACUCACCUAUACCUGGAUAAGUGUGAGUUGACCAGCCUGCAGACCAAUGCUAAACUGUUAAAGUUGGAAACCCUGGACUUAUCCCACAAUAACCUGCAAAGCCUGCCCUCCCUAGGACAGGCACUGCCUGCACUCACCACUCUAGAUGUCUCCUUCAACAAGUUGGGCUCACUGUCUCCUGGUGCCCUGGAAGGCCUAAGCCAACUCCAUGAGCUCUACUUGCAGAACAAUGAUCUGAAGAGUCUGCCCCCUGGGCUCUUGGUGCCCACAACCAAUCUGAGGAAACUCAAUCUGGCCAACAAUAAAUUGAGUGAGCUGCCCCCUGGGCUCCUCGAUGGGUUGGAGGAGCUCACUGUCCUCGACCUUCAAGGGAACUGGCUGAGCAGAGUCCCAAAGGGCUUCUUUGGGACCCUCCUCCUGCCUUUUGUGUUUCUCUAUGACAACCCCUGGUACUGUGAUUGUGAAAUCCUCUACUUGAGUCGCUGGCUCCAGGAAAAUUCAAACAAUGUCUAUGCAUGUAAGGAGGGUGUAGAUGUUAAGGCCAUGACUCCUAAUGUGGCCAGUGUACGAUGUGCCAAUGUGGGCCAUAUGCCUGUCUACUCCUACCCAGGGAAGGGCUGCCCUACUGAUGGUGGGGACACAGACUAUGAGGACUAUGAUGAUGUCCCUGCCACAAGGACUGAGGUCAAGUUCUUUACUAACACUAAAGCUCCUUCUACCCACUGGAGCCCACUCUCCACAGCAUCUUCUACUUCUCAAGAUAGCCAAAUGAUUUCUUUGCCUCCAACCCACGAACCCACUAAGAAACAACCUACAUUCAUCCACACACAGAUCCCAGGUUUUACCAUACUUGGAGACACCAUGGAAUCUCACACAACCUCCUAUAGUCUAAAACUCAAUACUGUAUUCAAUUGUAGUAUCUCUAAAGUGACCGGCCUACUGGAGGUAAACUGUGAGAACAAGAAUCUGACAGCAUUGCCUGCAGACCUGCCAGCAGACACAGGCUCCCUCCACCUGGGCAGGAACCAACUGGGUCGCUUCUCCACAGCAUCCCUGGUGCAUCUCACUCUCCUCACUCAUCUAUACCUGGAUAAGUGUGAGUUGACCAGCCUGCAGACCAAUGCUAAACUGUUAAAGCUGGAAACCCUGGACUUAUCCCACAAUAACCUGCAAAGCCUGCCCUCCCUAGGACAGGCACUGCCUGCACUCACCACUCUAGAUGUCUCCUUCAACAAGUUGGGCUCACUGUCUCCUGGUGUCCUGGAAGGCCUAAGCCAACUCCUUGAGCUCAACUUGCAGAACAAUGAUCUUAGGAGUCUGCCCCCUGGGCUCUUGGUGCCCACAACCAAUCUGAGGAAACUCAAUCUGGCCAACAACAAAUUGAGUGAGCUGCCUCCUGGGCUCCUAGAUGAGUUGGAGGAGCUCACUGUCCUCGACCUUCAAGGGAACUGGCUGAGCAGAGUCCCAAAGGGCUUCUUUGGAACCCUCCUCCUGCCUUUUGUGUUUCUCUAUGACAACCCCUGGUAUUGUGAUUGUGAAAUCCUCUACUUGAGUCGCUGGCUCCAGGAAAAUUCCAACAAUGUCUAUGCAUGGAAGGAGGGUGUGGAUGUUAAGGCCAUGGCUCCUAAUGUGGCCAGUGUACGAUGUGCCAAUGUGGGUCAUGUGCCUGUCUACUCCUACCCAGGGAAGGGCUGCCCUACUAAUAGUGGUGGUACAGACUAUGAGGACUAUGAUGAUGUCCCUGCCACAAGGACUGAGGUCAAGUUCUCUACUGACACUAAAACUCAUUCUACCCACUGGAGCCCACUCUCCACAGCACCUUCUACUUCUCAAGAUAGCCAAAUGAUUUCUUUGCUUCCAACCCACGAACCCACUAAGAAACAACCUACAUUCAUCCACACACAGAUCCCAGGUCUUACCACACUUGGAGACACCAUGGAAUCUCACACAACCUCCUACAGUCUAAAACUCAAUACUGUAUUCAAUUGUAGUAUCUCUAAAGUGACCGGCCUACUGGAGGUAAACUGUGAGAACAAGAAUCUGACAGCACUGCCUGCAGACCUGCCAGCAGACACAGGCUCCCUCCACCUGGGCAGAAACCAACUGGGUCCCUUCUCCACAGCAUCCCUGGUGCAUCUCACUCGCCUCACUCAUCUAUACCUGGAUAAGUGUGAGUUGACCAGCCUGCAGACCAAUGCUAAACUGUUAAAGCUGGAAACCCUGGACUUAUCCCACAAUAACCUGCAAAGCCUGCCCUCCCUAGGACAGGCACUGCCUGCACUCACCACUCUAGAUGUCUCCUUCAACAAGUUGGGCUCACUGUCUCCUGGUGCCCUGGAAGGCCUAAGCCAACUCUAUGAGCUCUACUUGCAGAACAAUGAUCUGAAGAGUCUGCCCUCUGGGCUCUUGGUGCCCACAACCAAUCUGAGGAAACUCAAUCUGGCCAACAACAAAUUGAGUGAGCUGCCUCCUGGGCUCCUCGAUGGGUUGGAGGAGCUCAUUGUCCUCGACCUUCAAGGGAACUGGCUGAGCAGAGUCCCAAAGGGCUUCUUUGGGACCCUCCUCCUGCCUUUUGUGUUUCUCUAUGACAACCCCUGGUAUUGUGAUUGUGAAAUCCUCUACUUGAGUCGCUGGCUCCAGGAAAAUUCCAACAAUGUCUAUGCAUGUAAGGAGGGUGUAGAUGUUAAGGCCAUGACUCCUAAUGUGGCCAGUGUACGAUGUGCCAAUGUGGGCCAUGUGCCUGUCUACUCCUACCCAGGGAAGGGCUGCCCUACUGAUGGUGGGGACACAGACUAUGAGGACUAUGAUGAUGUCCCUGCCACAAGGACUGUCUUUCGUGUUACUAUAUAGACAAAUAGAUAACUUAAGUUUAAGAUCCUAUCAGAAUUCCUAAGAUAAUCUCUGUGAUUUUUAAGUUCUUUUAUAGUCGAACUGCUAUUAAGUCCCUUUCUGAAUGUCAAAACUGCAGUGAGAACCCUACCAUUCUCCUUAGUGUCACCAGUUAAUUGCUCUUAGAUGGCAACCAGACUUUUUACCUACUCAAAUCACAUUCCAAGAAGU